AUGCGACAUAAAGAAUGCUUCUGGUUACUUUGCAUCACAGUGCCAAGAACAGAAGAUCUCUCUGAUCGUCGUCUACGCCGAAUGGGUGUAUAUCAUGCAGAUUUGUUUGCCCGACAUGAAUGGUGGCCGUUCGAUGCAAUUGAGAUAACAUUCCCGGAUUGUUUCGGAAAUAUCUUAUCCUACGUUAAAACAUUAGGUGAAUCUUAA